AGUAUAAGACCGUGAUAAUAUGUGUUGAUAUUACAUUAUAAACAAAAUAUCAAUUAAUAAUAAUUGAAAUAAUUGUUGUUGGCUGUUGCAACUUUUUUCAGUUAAUUUCCACUCAGUUCAAUGAUUUUUAAAUUCCUGUAAGAUAUUUUCCUUGUGGUUUUUGUAUUAAUGGAUAAGCUUCAAGAUGAUUCGGAGGAACCCAAUUCUGAAGAAAAUAAAUUCCAAGUUUGUAGGCUUUGUCUUGGUAACAAUAAUGUAACAGUGAAUAUUAACCAAGAAACUAUUGGGUUUACAUCAAUAAUUGACAAAAUUCGCUAUUGUACUUCUCUAGUCGUAAAAAAGGGUGAUAAACUUCCUCAAAAUAUUUGCACUUGUUGUGCAAAAAACUUGGACUUAAUGUACGCGUUCAAAAGUAAAGCUAUAACUUGUGAUUUGAAAUUAUCUAAGACAAUGCGGAAUGAUACAACAUUUACUUAUAGCCAAGUAUCUGAUGACCCUAUGAAUAUGACAUUUAAGUUGAAUUUGGAAGAAUCGGACGAUAUAAUGGACUCAAAUGGUAGAUACGUAUAUAAAAUAGUAGACGCAGAUGCACUUACUAUUGAACCUGUCAAUGACACAAUUGGGAAAGAUAAAAAUAUAACUGAUAUAAUGAAUUCAAAAAAUGAUCCUGAGACAGUAACUAUCCAGGAAGUGUUACAUAAAAACCCUAAAAUUAAUACUAGUGCAUCGCAAACGGUUAAAAAAUCCAAAGAAUCGGCAGUUGUAAUAAAACGCGAGUUGAAUAAGAUAAUGACAAGUACAGAAGAGCUAGGUUCAACGAAAAAACAAAAACUCAAUGGGGACAUUAUGAAACCUGUAUUGGUAGUGAAAAAUGGUAAAGUAAUGUAUUAUUGCAACCUAUGUAGCUAUGAGGCUGAGUCAAUGAACACGUUAAUAUCUCAUCGCACACGCGUACACACAGAUCACAAUCACAAAUGUUCCGAAUGUUCAUCGUCGUUUAAAUCCCCAGGCUUGCUCAGACGACAUUCUAUAACGCACAGCGAAAUGGUAUUUAAGUGCAAAUUUUGUGAUAAACGAUUUGCUCAGAACCAAACACUCGAGCGUCACAUCAACACUAUGCACAAUAAUAGUGAAUCUUUAGAAUUUCAAUGCGUCAAAUGCAAUGCCUAUUUUGAAACCUUGGACGAGAUGGAAGACCAUUUGGUUGUUCAUUAUAUUAACCCGUCAAACAGUUUCAGUUGUAGCUAUUGUAAGCGAUCUUUCAAUUCCUACUUGGCAAUGAACAAACACAUUGACGUCGAGCACGUAGUAAAAGUCGAAUGUAGCAUUUGCCACAUGGUGUUGCCGACCAAAGAAGCCAUGGAAAAACAUAAUGUUUCUGUGCACAAGCCAAAAACAAACGGAAACAAGAAAUAUGAAUGCACCAAAUGCAAAAAAUGUUUCCACGGUCUUAAAGAUAUUUUAAAUCACAGAAAAACUCACAUAACAGACGAAACAUAGUUUACUCUUUUUUUAUUGCCAGCCUUAAGCUUUAAUAUUUUUUAAGGGGCCUCCCUUAGUUUAGAUUCACUUCAUUAUGUAUUAUGUUGAACAGGAACAUGUUUUUUCAUUGAAAAUCCUUAUAGUGAUAAUAUAGACACCGUUCUUAUUUUCAUAUAACAGCUAGUAGACUGAAAUAAGUUAUAUUUGUAAAAUUCCGUGUAAAUAAUUUUUUGAUUGGACUGUUUCUUAUUUAUGUUUUUAACAUACACAUUUAAAAGUCCCUUAAAUAAUCGAAAAAAAUAAGUUGUAUAUUGAACAUAUGGACUGAUUAUAAAAAAAACUAACAAUUUUGAAAAGCAUACUUGUGUGUAUGUAAUAAAUAUGUAGAUAAAUAUUUCAUAACUUUCUGGACGUUAAAUAAUUAAGUUGUCUUUAAAUGUAUUAGGAUAGUUUAAUUGUAUUAUGCAUAUUGUGUAAAGAAAAAAAUACCCCUGGAAAUAAGUACUGAUAAAAAAAGGUUGUCCACUAACAAAUAUUUUGAUUAAUAUUUCUUAUUUAAAAUGUAUAAAAACAUAAAUCGUCAAAAUUAAAUUAAUGAGUACAACAAUUGUUAUCUAAACUUGAUACUAUUUGCAACAGCUUUAAAAUAUUGUUCAUGUGUCUUUUUCAGUUUUUUCAACGUUUUAUUAAUUAUUAUUAAUACUUUUACCUUCAUUCCUACUAUUUUUUUAUUGGUAAUUUUUUCUAUCUUCCUCGCGUAUUGUAUUAUAAUUUGUACACUUUUUAUUUGUGAUUUAUACACCCUAAUUUAUAUCAAUUGUAAUUUUUUUUUAAAAACCUUUUCAAAACAUAGCGACAUAGCCAAAGAAUACAGUUAAAUAGAAUUAAAUUACCCAUUUGACAUUUCUAUAUGAAUGUUCAAUAAUUAUAAAUGCCAAAGCUCUACUCAAUUUAUAUAUUUUUUUAUUCUAUUGUUUUAAAACCUGCCGUUAAUUAAAAAAAUUUUUUUACUUAAAAUCUAACCGGUUUUUAUUUUUAAGCUCACAUUGACUAAUUCUUGGCUAUGCCACUACCAAAAUAUAAAAUGUUGAUUUUAUAAAUAAACAUAAUGUAAUGAACACAUUUAAUUAUGUCCAGCUUAACAACUGUUAUAGUUAUAAUUUAUACAUAUGUUGAAAUAUAUUCUAUAAACAUAAAAAAAAAAUGUAAUAACAGUAUUCUUUAUUUAUUUUUUACUGCAAAAUCACAAACAUUUAAU